AUUCAGUGGAGCCAUGCUUUCCUGUUAUGGCAAGGAAGCUUGCAGGUUCAGGAAAUCAGAGAAUUUAUGUCAAUGACUGCAAGACUAAAUGGCAAUAUCAGCUGGAACAGUCUCAGCAUAUAACCAAGUAUUUAGGGCACAUCAAGCCGACUUUUGAUAAUCUUUCUUUUAAGCAAAUGCUCUUGAAAUCUGCUUAAAAGAUAAUCCAUUUGAAAUCUAGCAGUGAACUCCAAGCCUCAAAAAUAUGACUUUCAUUUCUUGCAACCCCUAAAUAUAUAUAUAACAAAGAAAGACACUCAUUUCAGUUCAUAACAACAAAUUAACAAAGAUGAAUUCCGUCCUCCUCUUUUGCAUAGUCUUGUGCUCUGCAAUUCAAAUGUGCUUUGCAGACUGUGACAAUGUUCAGGACAUUUGUCCAGCAGCUCCUACGAGCAAGCAGAAUAUCUUCAUCAAUGGCUUGCCUUGCAAGAGGCCAGAAAGCAUUGCUCCUUCAGAUUUCAAGUCAUCUAAACUGAGCCAGCCUGGUGACACAGACAACUUCCUUCGCUCAUCCACAACUAUCGUCACUGCUAUUGAUUUCCCUGGCCUGAACACCCUCGGCCUCUCAAUUUCCAGGAUAGAUCUUGAUGUGGAUGGUUUAGUGUUGCCACGAUCACACCCAAGAGCCAGUGAAAUAUUUUUCGUCGGCACAGGCGUGGUGAUUGCUGGAUUUGUUGAUACUAAUAACCAGCUAUUCCAGAGUUUUCUCAAGGAAGGAGAUGUGUUCGUGGUUCCUCGUGGUCUGCUCCACUUCUGCUUGAAUGCUGGCAAUGAUGCUGCUACUGUAUACUCAGUACUGAAUAGCCAAAAUCCAGGAGUGGUGAAUGUUGCUGGUGCAAUGUUUGAGACUGAACCUGAUAUCAUAAAUAAGCUAGUCGAGAGAAUAAAAUCUCUUUCUGCAUCAGCAAUCAAGGCCAUGGAAAAUGUGACUGCAUAUGAGUUUUAAAACUCUUUACACUCGAGAAUAUUAAGCCCAUAACACUAAUUCAUUUUCUUUUUUAUGUGCUUGUUUUAAUGCACAGCAUUAUAGAAAAUUCAAAUUGCUAUUUAAUUAUAUGCUAUGUUCUGCCUUCUUGCGCAGUCAAUAAUUUUCUCCUUAAUGUACUGCUAAAUAUAUUUCAUAAUGUAAAGCUGCAACCUUGCACAAACUUAAGACGA